AUGGCGGCAUUACAUUCCAUCCUUCUUUUCAUUUGUCUCUGCGUUCAAGGUAUUUCCUCUCAAGAAAUUGUCAAUGGACAAAUUUAUACUCCCGGUAUCGCGAUAGUCGAUGCGCCGCAACCAAAUACACCACUUGGAGGGGAUUUCCUACAAGUUGCGCUAGAUGUCUCCUCAGAUGGACAGCUUCAACUUCCACCCUAUCCGAAGAACGCUGUCUCGGAGAUCUAUAACAUCACCAUGUUUCUCUCCAGUUAUACUACAGGCAAAAACUUCACAAUCUCAAAUGGAACCGCGACGGCAGGAAAUGCGAGCUUAGGCGAAAUCAUGGCUCAAGAGUCAAGUAGCACAGUCAAACAUGUAAACUGGGUUUGGCCUGACUGUCUUGUUGGUGAUGGCACAUCGGAUAAAAACACUGCAAGAGGGGCAUAUAACAUUUCCAUCCGUCAAAACUUCCGAUUGAAUGGAACUGAUCAGUACACAAUUUUCGACCUGCCAAUUCAAGUCACCAACUCUAUACCUGAGCAAAGUGAUAGACCUUCUUGUGAUUCUAUCAAUAAUGAUUUGAUUCCUUGGGCAACAUUAAACGCGUCGGCAAAUAGUUUUACUCGUAUUGCAGGAACGGCCAUACAAACUACUGCCUCUUCACAGGAUGGAAUUGGUGCCGGAAGCUCCAUCGAUUGGAGAACUGGUGUACAUUAUAUAUGGAUAGGAAGUCUGGUUAUGAUGUUUGCGCUAUAA